GCGCGAUUUGACAGAAUCAAAACAGACACACAAAACAGCAGCUCCUUCACAUUGGCUGAUGAGUUCGCGAAUCUCUCGGGGAAAAUUUUCAAUUAUUUAUUAAAUCCGCUUUAAUAACGCAGCAAUUAGUGGUGAAAAAUGUUUACUUUGGUAGUGGCAAAGCCGCGCGAGCUGUAGCUGGUGAAAGUUUGGGCAGUUUUUUUUGGUGUGGCAGCUUGUGGAAGAAGGACGGUCAUCAUCGGAACCGGAUUGUCCUCAGGGAACCGUCGUCGACCUUGGCCGGGGAAGCAGUUUGGAAUUAAGUUCGUUCACGUGUUCGCUAUUGGCUCAACGACAUCGUCGAUGAGAUGCGCAAGAAGAGUCCCGCCUCGGUCCAGAAAUGGGUGGACUCGAUACAGAUCCCACCGGCGGGAGCCGCUGGCGGUCCCACGGUGGUCAUCGAUCCGGACGAACCAGGUCCAUCGGGCGAGCAGCUAGCACAUCCGGACCAGCUGACGGCUUCUGCGCCGGAUUGUGUAAUGGAACCAGCGGCGAUCGAGGAUCACGAUCAGGUACUUACUAUGGCAGCUACGCCCCAAACGCCGGCCCCGAUGGUUUCGAGCUCCGAUGAGGAAUUUAUCCCCUCGGAGGAACCCGCGGCGGUUGAUCACAAACCGGAGGGCGGCGAUCGAGGAUCGUCCUCGAUCAGCAUAAAAAAUCUUCUGUCGAAAAAGACGCUGCUGGAGAAGUUUAGCCGCAGCAACACCAACCUCGAGCAGGAGCCCAACCACCCGGAAGCCGACCACGAGGAAGCGUCGGAAGCUCGUAAAAGUACCUCGCUGGCAUCGAUCGGCAAAAUCAAGAUCAACGAAUUUUACGACAAGCUCAGCAUGAACAAGGCCAAGUACAAUCUGAUCAAGGCGAAGAAGCUCGAUCUGCGCAACAUGCUUAGUGGUGGAAGCCAGCGGCAAACGCCGGUCGAGGAAGCGCUGCCGGAGAUGGUGGUUGCCGUGCCGGAAGCGGAGGUGCAGGCGGCGGUGUCGUGCGCAGAUGUGACGCUGGCGGAGAGUGACGUGGAGUCCAAGAUGAUGCAGUCUGAGGCCAGCGGCAAGCUUAGCACCGGCGACAUCUACGAGUUCUCGUUCGAUGAGUCUUUCCCGAAGGACGAGGACAUCAUUCCCGAUGUCAGCGAGGACGAGGAAAAGGAAAACCUGGACAUUCCGAUGCAACCACCUCAGCAGCAUCAUCAUCAGGCUUAUGAUCACUACCUGAACCCGCCCAAGGCAACGCCGUACAGCACUCCCCGGAUGGGCAUCGGCAAGAUUGGCCGAAGUUCGAGUGAAAAUCCACGCGCCAACAAGCGGUUCAACCUGAUGGAAAUUGGGCGCAGCUUCAGCGAGAUGAACGACGACGACAACUUUGUGAUCAGCGAGUGCAACAACAGCUGUCCCAAUCCGUCCUCGCUGAACACCAGCUCCAGCAUCAACAACAGCAGCAGCAACAUCCUGGCCCGGUCCGUGCCGGUCAGUCCGAUUCCGCGCACGUCCAGCAAGCUCAGUAUUCAGCAGGAGAACAACUCGAUGUCGGAAACGCCGCGACGUCGCAGCGCCAUGCUCAUGAAGGACAGCUCGCUGCAGUCCGACUCGAGCCGGUGCUCAAGCGUGGAGAGUUUACUCAACGCCCGCAAACCGGACCCGGAACGGAUCCUUCUGAACUUGGGCUUCGGCCCGGCGCCGCACAGCACGGACGUUCUGUCGAAGAUUCCCAAAAGAUUCCUCAAACCGUCCCAGGUGCGGGGCGUCGACACGGAAGCAUUCCUGCGCCAGCAGCAGCUGUCCAUGCACAUCCACGAGAAUAGCGUCCUCGGCUAUCGCGGACUUGUCGGAAAUCCUCACAUCCCUCCCUCGAUGAUCGUGGCCAAAAUCAUGGAACGUUUCCAGGAAAACGAACGGGGUCGGCUGGUGCGGGGAAGCGUCCCCGGGCCCAUCGAUCUGCAGCAAUCUGCGGCAAUGUCCGGCCUCCACCAUCCUAGCAGCCGAGAAUCCUCCGGGCCUCCGUCACCCAUCCCGAUCCCACGCCACUCGUCGCUUGCCUCCGAGGGACGGAUCAAGUUCUAGAGGAUGUUCUUCUUCUAGGCCCGUCCCUCUAUCUCUAUUGCGGUCGUACUACGCGUACACAACCAUACUUUAGCUGUAGUAUUAGGUAUUACUUUGAAUCGCACACAUUAAUACACCCACACUUACAAAUCUGUUUUAGAAACUUCUAUGAAGAGAGCAUUGAACGAAGCAACAGGAAACUUGCGUGCAAGUUUUAAUACAAAUCUCAACGCUAUGCUGUCCGUCUGCUCUCUGAUGUCCACUAAUGACCUAUCGAGCUUUAGAAAACCUUUCGAAUCUCUACAUUCCUUGCAAAGGACUCUACCCUCGGGAAAUAUUUUCGGGACCCCCGCUACAAUUUUAUACGUAUGAAACUACAUUCCUCUCUAAACCAGAGCGCGUAACUCAGUAUUUCUUAGGCCGAAAGGGUUACACAAGACUAGAUACAUACACACUUAAACUUCUGGCACGGUUCAUUCAUAUUUUUGAUAGUAAUUUUCUCUAGCAGAGUAAGACUUUGAACCUUAUGACAAAAAAAAUCAAUAAAAAAAGAAUGUUGAGAGAGCAGAUUUAUCACAGGAUACAUAAACCGUUAUCAAUUACGCAAAUCUGCCUGUAGUACGCGGACUCAAUAUGAUAAGAAACAGAUAUGAUCAAAGUAAGCUCACCACUGUUUCUCAACUAUUACAAAAGUGGCGUUUGCAAACCGUUUUACGAUUUUUCCUAACUGUCUUUCACUUUCACACGACUUAAAUCAUACGAUGGGACGCACCACUUUUUAACUUAGAGAUACGUACUAUUGAAAUUUUUUUACAUGUGAAACGGUGGGGAAAGAAAUCUUAGCCGCACCUCCGCCGGUUGUUAAGACAGGCAGCAAUUUGAGAUCUACUUUGAAAAAAUUAAAUUCCCUGAAUCAAAAUGUUAGGAAAAAUGAUUGAACCAUAUUUAUACACACAAAUCCACAACCUACACAACUUGUAGUAAAACAGUAAAAAAUAUAUCAAGCCCUUGGCAAUCGUUGUUAGAAACAA